AUGGCAUGCAACAUCACUGAUGAAACCCUCACUUUGGCUGAUGAAGAUGAUGAAGACGAUGAAUUACCGAGGAGGCUCAUUACCACCAUCGGCAUCCUUAUAUUCAUUGGAGCUGAACAAUCACACUAUGAAUGCUCUGAACUCUGGCAAGCAAGAAGAAGAUAUCUCAUUCAUAGUGACCUACUUCCUAAUCCACGUCUGAAUACUCCCUGGCAAGCGCUCUACUCAGGACAGAACAGCCAUGCAUUUAUCACAACCAUGGGUGUUGAUGUCCCUACAUUUCAUGAAAUUCUCUCGCAUGGCUUUGCAACUCUUUGGGAUAUCAUUCCCAUCCCCUGCAACAAUAUUUCUAUCACUGCUGCCCCUCAUACUUAUCGAUGUUCCCUGGAUGCUGCUGGUGCAUUAGACCUCAUUCUUCAUUGGCUCAACUCAACCAUGCAAGAUGUCAGCCUCAUGCAAAUUUUUGCACUUAUCCCAACAACUGUUUCACGUUAUCUACAUUUUUCCCUCACUAUACUACUUCAUGCACUCAGGAACAUCCCUGAAGCCUGCAUCUGGUGGCCAUCUGAUGAUGAAUUUCAAGUUUUAAAUGGACUUGUCGUCACACAUCAUCCCUUGUUGAUGGGAGCCUUCGGCACACUUGAUGGACUGAAUUUACCUGUGCAAACAUCCCAGGACCAAGAUAUCAAGAACACAACUUAUAAUUGGUGGUUGCACAGUCACUUUGUCAUUUUGGUCAUUGCAUUUAGUGCUGAUGGUAUGCUGUUGUCUAAACCAUCCACUGAGUCUUUGGUUCUGAUUGCUACUACUAUGCAGGCUCAAUAA